UAAAGGGCCCUCUCUCCGCGCCGCCCUGGGAGCCGCAGCUGGUCCCGGCCUUUGGGCCUGUGAGGGAGGCUGCCGGGAGGAGGCGGCAGCCGCGGCGGCGGUGGUACGGCCCUGGCCCGCAGGACCACGGACUUCUUCCUGCCAGGUCUGUUCAUCUGUCCAUCCAUCUCUGGGGGUCCGAAAUGGCCACCUUCAGCCGCCAAGAAUUUUUCCAGCAACUAUUGCAGGGCUGUCUCCUGCCUACUGCCCAGCAGGGCCUUGACCAGAUCUGGCUGCUCCUUGCCAUCUGCCUCACCUGCCGCCUCCUCUGGAGGCUCAGGUUGCCAUCCUACCUGAAGCAUGCAAGCACUGUGGCAGGAGGAUUCUUCAGCCUCUACCACUUCUUUCAGCUGCACAUGGUUUGGGUCGUACUACUCAGCCUCCUGUGCUACCUCGUGCUGUUCCUCUGCCGACAUUCCUCACAUCGUGGAGUCUUCCUCUCCGUCACCAUCCUCAUCUACCUACUUAUGGGUGAAAUGCACAUGGUGGACACCGUGACCUGGCACAAGAUGCGAGGGGCCCAGAUGAUCGUGGCCAUGAAGGCGGUGUCUCUGGGCUUCGACCUGGACCGGGGUGAGGUGGGUGCAGUGCCCUCACCUGUGGAGUUCAUGGGCUACCUCUACUUCGUGGGUACCAUCGUCUUUGGGCCCUGGAUAUCCUUCCACAACUACCUACAGGCUGUCCAAGGCCGCCCACUGAGCUGCCGAUGGCUGCAGAAGGUGGCCAGGAGCCUGGUGUUGGCCCUGCUGUGCCUUGUACUGUCCACCUGUGUGGGCCCUUACCUCUUCCCAUACUUCAUCCCCCUCGACGGUGACCGUCUCCUUCGCAACAAGAAACGCAAAGCCAGGGGCACCAUGGUAAGGUGGCUGCGAGCCUACGAGAGUGCUGUCUCCUUCCACUUCAGCAACUAUUUUGUGGGCUUUCUGUCCGAGGCCACAGCCACGUUGGCAGGGGCUGGCUUCACCGAGGAGAAAGAUCACCUGGAAUGGGACCUGACAGUGUCCAAGCCAUUGAAUGUGGAGCUCCCCCGGUCCAUGGUGGAAGUUGUCACAAGCUGGAACCUGCCCAUGUCUUAUUGGUUAAAUAACUAUGUUUUCAAGAAUGCUCUCCGCCUGGGGACCUUCUCAGCAGUGCUGGUUACCUACGCAGCCAGCGCCCUCCUGCAUGGCUUCAGCUUCCACCUGGCUGCUGUGCUGCUCUCCCUGGCGUUUAUCACUUAUGUGGAGCAUGUCCUCCGGAAGCGCCUGGCUCGGAUCCUCAGUGCCUGCGUCUUGUCGAAACGAUGCCCACCAGACUGUUCGCACCAGCAUCGUUUGGGCCUAGGGGUGCGAGCCUUAAACUUGCUCUUUGGGGGCCUGGCCACCUUCCACCUGGCCUACCUGGGCUCCCUGUUCGAUGUUGAUGUGGAUGACACUACAGAGGAGCAGGGCUACGGCAUGGCAUACACUGUCCACAAGUGGUCAGAGCUCAGCUGGGCCAGUCAUUGGGUCACUUUUGGAUGCUGGAUCUUCUACCGUCUCAUAGGCUGAGGCACAUCUGUGGACCCUCAAGACGCCUCCUUAGGGUGCCAGCUUUGAUGGGAGAUGAUCUACCCCAUUUCCCUCUCCAUCCUUGACUCCCAAUACCGCUCUAACACACACACACACUCCAUUUCCAUGCUUCUAGAUUCUCACCCCACCACACAGCAAGGGGAGGGUAGACCCUGAUGGGGCUUAUGGGUGGGGGAUGCUUCGGGAAGCAGAGAGGGGGAAAUCCAAGGCCUUCAGGCCUUCCUUCUCCCUUUUUUAUAUAGUUUGUAAUUGUUGAAUAAAAGUAGGAAAGAUACAAUAAGCU